UCUUUGCGCGAAUAGUCGUGGUCCUGAGGCAGAUAGUACUGUGCAGCGGACUGAAGGCGAAGCAUUCAACACGGAUCCAUCACCGAGGAGAACCACACCUCAUCGACUCCAAACCUAAAGGCUCAGUCCUCCAAAGAAAUCUGCUGAAAUGGCGUCCUCUGGAGAUAUCCAGGUGAAGGAGCUGGACAAGCGAGCUUCGGGCCAAGCCUUCGAAGUCAUCCUGAGUCCGUCAGACCCCAAGGGCGAAAGCCCGUUCACCGCCCCGCAGAAGAAGGAGCUGUCCCUGGAGGAGAUCCAGCGAAAGCUGGAGGCCGCGGAGGAGAGACGCAAGAAUCACGAGGCGGAGGUGCUGAAGCACCUGGCUGAGAAGCGGGAGCACGAGAAGGAGGUGCUCCAGAAGGCCAUGGAGGAGAACAACAACUUCAGCAAGAUGGCCGAGGAGAAGCUCAACCAGAAGAUGGAGGCCAACAAGGAGAACCGCACGGCGCGGAUGGCGGCGCUCAACGAGAAGUUCAAGGAGAAGGACAAGAAGCUCGAGGAGGUACGAAAGAACAAAGAGACAAAAGAAGAAGGCGAUAACUGAUUUGUCACUUUUUUCUUUUCCUCUUUUCAUUUGAAGAUACUUUUUUUUGUACAUGUCAAAAGAUAUAUUUUUUGUUCACAGCCACGGUCAUUUGUUGUCAGUUGUGUACCACAACUUGUUUGGGUUUCCCAAGUCGUUGUUGUUUUUGGAUGUUUAUCGCCAGUUAGUUUCUCCACGAGUAGAGUGCUUUGCAGCUUCUGACCUUUUGACCUUUGUAAUCGCCAGUGUUUCUACCUUUGAGGAAGCAUGCCACUGCAAUGCAUAGGUCCCUAACAGUGUCUAUUGCAUAAUGCCAGUUCAUCUGUAUCCAUCGUAAGUCAAAACUGCUGUUCAUUGAUCUCAAUAAAGAUGCAGUUGUUCUUUAAGAGUCAUUCUUUGGGGGAUUUUGUUUGGGGUCAUUGUCUCAAGUAGUGCUAUGCCAUUGACUGAUCAAGUGAUAUGUGUAUCUGACGUUUUGUGUUAGCGUUCACCUGCAAACGGCAUCAACUGACAUGCUUUAAUAAAGGAGCAGCAAAUCUG